GACAAUUGCCAGCUUUAGUUCAACUUCAACACCACCUGACGCACUGCCUUUGACCACGUUGACCGUCGUUUAUUGUACCCACCUGGCCAACAAUAAUGUUGGACUACCGAUUUUGAUUUUUCCAAAAUGCCACGCGUUCGCCACAAGCAUCAUCGACCAGACAGAAUUUCUCAAAAAACCGACAAAUCCGCCCACAGAAUAUUGCAUAGCGAAAAAUCUCAAGAAGUAUUCACUAUUGAAAAAAUUCUCAACAAAUGUGUGGUAUAUGGUAGAAUUCAUUACUACUUGAAAUGGAAAGGUUACGACUCCAUUGAUAAUUCAUGGGAAGCAAAAGAACAUCUUGAUUGUACUGAUAUGAUAGAAGAGUUUGAAGCGAAUCUAGCAAAAAAAAAGCAAACAAUGGCAGUCGAAGAAAGUCAGCAACAAUUGGAAAAUACCAAAGACAACACAAAUGGUGCAUUUGACAAUGGAUUAGAACCAGAACAAAUAUUGGGUGCAACUGAUUCCAACGGCAAACUCAUGUUUUUGCUCAAAUGGAAAGAUGUCGAAGAAGCAACCCUUAUUGAUUCAAAAGUCGCUAACAUCAAAUGUCCUCAAUUAGUCAUUGAUUUUUAUGAAAAGAGAAUUUCUUGGAUAAAAUAAUUAUAAUAGAAAUGUUUUCGGUAAUCAACAAAAAUGAUCAAUUUAUUUAUCAAAAGAUGUUCUAAAAAAAUUUUGAACAUUUUAAAUUAAGACUAUUCUCAAAUUGAAGAAGUAUUAUCAUGUAACUGAUAAUGUUUUAGUUUUUAAUUUUUUACUAUUCACUAAAAAAUAUUUUGUAAUUAUUUAGUUUAUUAAAUCGAAUUUUAUUGUAACGUAAUACCGUUUUAAUUAAAUUCAUUUUUGGUUUUAUAAGAAUAUUUUAUUGCUUCAUAAAUAAAACUAUUGCUUUCUUAUAAUUAUAUACAUAGAGAUUGCCUCUACUGCCUCUACAAUUGUUUUGAAUUAUUAUGCUAUUGUGAACAAAUUAAAUACAAAA